GACGUCCCUAUCGCAGUAACAGAUUGCAGUAAAUGCAUUGGUUUGGCCAACUCAAGCGCUGAUAACCAAAACUCAUAAUUUCCCUCUGGGUGCCACGUGACAGCCUGCCUAAAUAAGCUGCCGUGCUGUCAGAUGGUCAUUAACUUACCGUAAACUCUACAGAUGCGCAUUUAUUUAUUUAAUUUACUUUAAUUUAUUUAUUUAUUUGCCGUCGUUAGGAACGAAAUGUUUCAGCCCCGAGCAAGACAGCGUAGGAGCAACAGGGACCUGCGCUGAAUAUAUGUGUAUUUGCUAAUGAAACAAUCAGAGUCGAUGGGGAUGCCGGUGGGCAGGACAGUAGAAGCUGACAAAUAGUCCAACUUAACUCAAGUUAUUUUUCAUUUUAAUUUCUUCUUUUCUGCUUUGCCGCGAUGACUGCGCUCGACUUCUCCGACGUGGAGGCGUUUUUGGAUGGCCACCCGGAGCUUUUCGAGGAGUAUUUAAUCAGGAAGGGAAAGUGCGAGAUGGUGAGCAGGUGGCUGAGGGAGCAUCAGCCGUCCAAAGUGUCGCUGGUGGAAGACAAGCGCAGAUCGACCAGGGACCCGCUGUGGCAGACGGAUGGACUCCAGCGACGCUGCUCUCACAUGGAGCUGAGACGGAACUUCGCUCGGUCCAAAGCCAUGACUGCGCACCGGACCUACGACGAGCACGUAAGCGCCCAUGAGUCCCAGUCCAGUGUGCGCCGCCGGGCGCUGCUCCGAAAAGCCAGCUCCCUGCCCCCGACCACAGCUCACAUCCUGAGCGCCCUGCUCGAGUCCAGGGUAAAUAUACCUCAGUACGCCUCCAGCGCCAUAGACUACAAAUACCGACUUAAAGAGAACAACGAGAGGGAGUUUUUCCUGGAACUAGUAAAAGACAUCUCCAAUGACCUGGAUAUGACAAGCCUUUGUUAUAAGAUCCUAAUAAAUGUGUGCAUAUUAGUGGAUGCCGACAGGUGCUCGCUCUUUCUUGUGGAGGGACCCCCGCACAAGAAAACACUGGUGUCCAAGUUCUUUGACGUGCAUGCCGGAGCCACGGUCCGGCCCUCUUCCAGCACCUUAAACUCCAGCGAAGUGCAGGUCCCCUGGGGCAAAGGCAUCAUUGGGUACGUGGCCGAGCACGGGGAGACCGUCAAUAUUCCCAACGCCUAUGAGGACCAUCGAUUCAGUGACGAGAUUGACAGGCUGACAGGGUAUAAGACUCGGUCCAUCCUGUGCAUGACGAUCUGCAACAGCGAUGGCGACGUCAUUGGAGUGGUGCAGGCCAUCAACAAGAGCCCAGAGGGUACUGCCUUCACGGACGACGAUGAGAAGGUGCUGCAGAUGUAUUUGCCCUUCUGUGGAAUCUCAAUCUCCAAUGCCAAGCUGUUCUCUGAGUCCCGCAAAGAGUAUGAGAGGAGCCGGGCCCUUCUCGAGGUGGUCAAUGAUCUGUUUGAGGAGCAGACGGAACUGGAGAAGAUCGUGAGGAAGAUCAUGCAGCGUGCGCUGACUCUCCUGCAGUGUGAGCGCUGCUCAGUGCUUUUAUUGGAGGACAUCCAAUCACCAGUGGUGAAGUUCUCCCAAACAUUCGAGCUGAUGUCUCCACUUUGCAGUUCUGACCAUGAAAUCAGUAUGGAGAAGCUCUCCAGCUCUGACUGGCUGAUCAAUAACAGCAUCGCUGAGCUGGUGGCAUCCACUGGGUUGCCCGUCAACAUCAGUGAUGUGUGUCAGGACCCUCGUUUUGACACUGAGGCAGACCAGGCCUCAGGGUUCCACAUUCGUUCGGUUCUCUGUGUCCCCAUUUGGAACCGCACCCACCAGAUCAUCGGGGUCGCUCAGAUCCUCAAUCGUCUCGACAGGAAGACCUUCAAUGAUGCUGACCAGAGGCUUUUUGAGGCUUUUGUGAUUUUCUGUGGCCUGGGAAUCAACAACACCAUGAUGUACAAUCAGGUGAAGAAGACAUGGGCCAAGCAGUCUGUUGCUCUUGAUAUGCUGUCUUACCACGCCACAUGCUCCAAGGUAGAGGUGGACAGGCUGAAGGCGGCAAAGAUCCCCUUGAGCAGUGAGCUUGGUAUAGAUGAGUUCCACUUCAAUGACUUUUCUCUGGACAACGACGGCAUGAUCACUGCAUCUCUGCGGAUGUUUCUGGAGCUGGGAGUCGGUCAAAAGUUUAAAAUUGACUAUGAGGUCCUCUGCCGAUGGCUACUUACCGUGAGGAAGAACUACCGCACGGUCGCCUACCAUAACUGGCGACAUGCUUUUAACGUCUCCCAGUGCAUGUUCAUCAUGAUCACGACAGCUGGGUUCCAGGAUGUCUUGUCCGACAUCGAAAUACUGGCGCUGAUGGUUGGUUGCUUGUGCCAUGACUUGGACCACAGAGGCACCAACAAUGCCUUCCAGGCCAAGUCCGGCUCGGCUUUGGCGCAGCUGUAUGGUACCUCCGCCACCCUGGAGCAUCAUCACUUCAAUCACGCCGUCAUGAUCCUUCAAAGCGAGGGUCACAACAUUUUUGCCAGCCUGAGCUCCAAUGAAUAUAGCAACAUGAUGCAACUUCUGAAGCAAGCCAUUCUGGCGACGGACCUGACUUUGUAUUUCCAGAGAAGGAACAAGUUCUUUGACUGUGUCCAAUCUGGCCAGUUCAACUUGACCAAUGAGGAACACAGAGAGAUGUUCAGGUCGAUGCUGAUGACAGCGUGUGACCUGGGAGCUGUCACACGACCUUGGCAGAUCUCCAGACAGGUUGCGGAGCUGGUCACCAGUGAAUUCUUUGAACAAGGAGACAGGGAGAGGUCUGAGCUGAAGCUGACACCAUCUGCGAUCUUUGACCGCAAUCGGAAAGAUGAGCUGCCCGCUUUGCAGCUGGAAUGGAUUGAUGGGAUCUGCAAGCCUCUUUACGAGGCUUUGGCGAGUCUGAACAGGAAGCUGCAGCCAAUGGUGGAUGGGAUCAAUGCAAAUCGAAUGAAGUGGGAGGAGCUGUGCUCUGCCAAUCAACAGGCACAAAGAUCUCCUGAGUCCAGCUAACCUGUUGGGGAACAAGCAGAUUUGGAAUGGAACUGAGGUGUGAUAGGAAGGCAGGGGCUAUAAUUAUGAAUUGUAGGGCUUACAGGACCAUCUGGAGAUCUCAUUGUACUCUACAGAUGCUGACUGGACUGAGAAACUGGAUUUUAAAUGGGUUUUUUGGCUUUUUACAGGGGUUACUCAUCUGUGUGGUUUCAACAUCACCCUUGUAUCUAAACAGUAAUUAUGUAUAGUAUUGUAAUUGUACUCCCCUACUUGGACAAUGGGAGCAUGAUAAAUUUGAACUGCGUCCAGGUAUCUGAAUAAUGAUUACCUAUGUGAUUUUCACUUGCUAGCUACCUGGACUUGAAUUGCACAUGAAUUUGAAACUGGGGUAUGUUUAUAAUAUAAAUGUUCGCACAGAAGAUUUUAACUGUGUCAAAUGCAUGUCUAUAUGACUAGUAUGAGUGUCUUGAUUUCUCUUAGGAGUUUUACUUAGACAAAAAUGU